CCACUGACGACAUCGUUAAAGUUGAAGUCUGGGAUGUAGUUGACAAAGGAAAAUGCAAAAAACGAGGAGAUGGUUUGAAACUGGAGAAUGACCCUCAGGAGGCAGAGUCAGAAAUGGCUCUGGAUGCAGAGUUCCUGGAUGUCUAUAAGAACUGCAAUGGCGUAGUGAUGAUGUUUGACAUCACCAAACAGUGGACAUUUAAUUAUAUUCUGAGGGAGCUUCCCAAAGUGCCGACCCACGUUCCAGUGUGCGUGCUUGGGAAUUACCGAGACAUGGGGGAGCACCGGGUCAUUCUGCCUGGUGACGUGCGGGACCUCAUCAACAAUCUAAACAGGCCUCCUGGCUCCUCAUAUUUUCGCUACGCUGAGUCUUCCAUGAAGAACAGCUUUGGCCUCAAGUACCUGCACAAGUUCUUCAACAUCCCUUUCUUGCAGCUGCAGAGGGAGACGUUGCUACGGCAGCUGGAGACGAAUCAGCUGGAUAUUGAUGCAACUUUGGAGGAGCUGUCAGUGCAGCAAGAGACAGAAGAUCAAAACUACGAACUCUUCCUUGAAAUGAUGGAAGCCCGAAGUCGAGGACACACAUCGCCACUAACAGCUAACGGGCAAAGCCCUUCCUCUGGCUCCCAGUCACCCAUAGUACCUCCAAGCUCCACAUCAACGGGCAGCUCCAGCCCUGGCACCCCACAGCCACCGCAGCUGCUUUCCACAAGCUCCACCAUCUCUCCCGAACCCCCCCCAUCUUUUUCACCAGUGCCUGCACCUGAAGCCCAGCAGCCUCAUGCGCCUCCACCAGCUACAGCCUCCCCAGCACCUCCACCUGCAGCCCCGCCACCGAAGCGCAGCAUUAUUUCCCGUCUGUUUGGGACAUCUCCUGCGUCAGACCCCUCUCCCCCCCAGCCAGAUGCUGCUGCUGCUCCUCCUCCCCACCCCGAAGCCCCUGCAAAAGUACAGAGUGUAGAGGACUUUGUUCCUGACGAUCGCCUGGACCACAGCUUUCUAGAAGACCCAGCCCCGCAGAAGGACAAAGGGAAACCGCAGACCAAACACCGUGUCGACAGUGAGAGAGACAGUGGAAUCAAGUGCACCCUCAGCAAAUUUGCAGAUGACACCAAGCUGACUGGUGUGUUUGACACGCCUGAGGGACGGGAUGGGAUCCAGAGGGACCUGGGCAAGUUCAAGAAGCGGGCCUGUGGGAACUUCCUUCCUUCCCCAGGCCAGGUCCUGCACCUGGGUUGGGCCAACCCCUGGUAUCAGUACGGGCUGGGGGAGA